GGUCCCCUGUCAGCCACUGCAUUGCCCAGUGACCUUCCAAUGGCGCAUUGAGUCAUUGGACGCGAUAAGGAAUUGCGAGAGGUUGAUUGAAUUUUUUUCCUCCGCCCUCGUGAGCCGGCAUCGCACAGCUUCCGCGCCCAGCCCCACUCCCUCGAGCAGCUUCAAAAGUCAAACUAGAACCCGGGGAAACGGUCAAUCGCAAUCCUUGACCCCCGAGACAGGCGCAAUCUCUUGCAAACCCAAGCCGAGUCGAGAACCGCGUCGCCCAUACGAAUAAACAGCAAAUAUGGCAGACGACAAGCCCACCGGCAACAUGCUCUGGGGAGGCCGCUUCACUGGCGGCCUUGACCCACUCAUGGUGCAAUACAACGAGUCCAUAUACUUCGACAAGGUCCUCUACAAGCAAGACAUCCUCGGCAGCAUCGCCUUCGCGCGCGCCAACGCCAAGUCGGGCAUCAUCUCGCAGCACGAGUUCACCAAGCUGGAGGAGGGCCUGCUGCUCGUGAAGCAGGAGUGGGAGGCGGGCGUCUUCAAGAUCGUGCCCGGCGUCGACGAGGACAUCCACACGGCCAACGAGCGCCGCCUCGGCGAGAUGAUCGGCAAGGACAUAGCCGGCAAGCUGCACACGGGCCGGUCGCGCAACGAGCAGAUCGCCACCGACAUGCGCAUGUGGCUGCGCGACGAGCUGCGCACCAUCCAGCAGCACCUGCGCGACUUCCUGGGCGUCAUCGCCGCCCGCGCCGAGAAGGAGAUCGACGUGGUCAUGCCCGGCUACACGCACCUGCAGCGCGCCCAGCCCAUUCGCUGGAGCCACUGGAUGCUAUCGUACGGCUUCGCCUUUGCCAGCGAUCUGGACCGCCUAGGCGAGGUCAUUCGCCGCGUCAACCGCAGCGCGCUCGGCUGCGGCGCCCUGGCCGGCAACCCGUUCGGCAUCGACCGCGAGAUGAUGUCGGAGGAGCUGGGCUUCGAGGGGCUGCUGUGGAACUCGAUGGGCGGCGUGGCCGACCGCGACUUCGUCGCCGAGACGCUGCAGUGGGGCUCCAUGCUGAUGCAGCACAUUUCGCGGUGGGCCGAGGACCUGAUCAUAUACUCGACGGCCGAGUUCGGCUUCGUGCGGCUGGCCGACGCCUACUCGACGGGCAGCUCGCUCAUGCCGCAGAAGAAGAACCCCGACAGCCUGGAGCUGCUGAGGGGCAAGAGCGGCCGCGCCUUCGGGCACGUGGCCGGCUUCAUGAUGACGCAGAAGGGCCUGCCGAGCACGUACAACAAGGACCUCCAGGAGAGCGUCGAGCCCAUGCUCGACCACGUCAAGACGGUGUCGGACAGCAUCCAGAUAGCCAACGGCGUGCUCGCCACGCUGGCCAUCCAGCCGGCCAAGAUGGAGGCGUCGCUCGAUCCCUUCAUGCUCGCCACCGAUCUGGCCGACUACCUCGUCCGCAAGGGCGUCCCCUUCCGCGAGACGCACCACAUCUCGGGACGCUGCGUGGCGCUGUCGGAGCAGACGGGCACGCCCAUGAACGAGCUGACGUACGAGCAGCUCAAGGGCGUCGAUGCGCGGUUCGACAAGGACAUCUCCGACGUGUUCAACUACGAGAAGAGCGUUGAGAUGCGGUCCGCCAAGGGCGGCACCAGCAAGUCGAGCGUGCUGGAGCAGAUCAAGGUGCUCAGGGCCAUGAUUUCAGCGUAGGUGUCGUCUAUCUACGACGAGGUUCAGAUGUUGGUGAUGUUGGUACUGUACUGUAUUCCGUCGUCGCAGCGGAUUGACAUGUUCCCAGCCGAAGAUGGUAAUGAAUGACUUGGAUGGGCCGCGGGCGUGAUUUCCCGGGGUCUUGGCAGGAAAAUAAUUCCGAUAGAUCAAUUGGUAGACAAAAUGCUUGGUUGGUACGGACACUUGACCCGUACGAGGUAGUUCUCUACAAUUUGAUCGUGAU